ACUAGAGGGACGGCUUUAGGCGGAACACAACAGUAUCGUAACACAUGCAAAACGAUAUGACAACAAUAACGUCUAAUGUAACUGGCCCCUCUAACAGUACAACUGGCCCCAGCUUGGCCCCCCAGUUGAAAUGGUCUAGAACCGCCACUGAUUGUAAGACAAUGUUAAAACUAACCAAUUGGAAAAUAAUGAUGUGGGGUUGAUCGAGGUUUACCAAGCAAUGUGAUGGGCAGCAACUCAAGUAAACACAAGAAACAGGUGCCAAGCCAGGAGAGACGACGCAAUCAAGGCUGGCAUGGCCUUCUCUCCAAUAUUGGAAUAUCCUUUACUGAUGGACUUCGCCACCUUGGCCCACCUGUUCUGGCCACACAGGGCAUGGUGCUCGGCAGCAGAGCCCCAAUCCCUGAGGACCUCCUCCCCCCAGGACACAGCCCUCAGAAGCCUGGCGUGGAGUCAACUCUCCCUGGCUUCAUCUCUGUCUUUCUGCCCGAGUUCCCACACCGUACAUUUCCUGGGGAAGACGAUUUCCAGAUCCUGGGCUUCAUAGCCAAAGGCUCCUUUGGUCCUAUCUUGAAAGUAAAGGACAGGUCGAAGGAGAAGAUUUAUGCAGUUAAGGUUUUACCCAAGUCUGAGAUACUGAAGCAUGGGGUCCUGGAACAGUCAAAGGAGGAGGUCAUCAUUCAGCGGCAGCUCAGCCACCCAUUCCUCCACAAUCUGCAGGACUGCUGGCAGACCCAGCGCCACCUCUUCAUUAUGUGUGAGUACUGCAGUACUGGAGACCUGUACACCUACUGGAUACUGAAGGGCCAGUUUGGGGAUGAUGAGGCUCGGGUGUUCGCUGCAGAGCUAGGCUGUGCUUUGGGUUUCCUUCACGACUUUGGGAUCAUGCAUAGGGAUGUGAAGAUGGAGAAUGUCCUUCUGUCUGACCAAGGUCAUCUGCGUUUAGCUGACUUUGGACUUUCUCGUCGUCUUGAGCAGGGCGCAAGAGCAUUUACAAUUUGUGGGACAAUCCAAUACAUGGCUCCUGAAGUCCUGAGUGGGGGUCCCUACAGCCAUGCUGCUGAUUGGUGGUCUCUCGGCGUUCUGUUGUUCUCAAUGGUGACUGGAAAGUUCCCUGUGCCUCCAGAGCCAGACCACUGCAACAUGCUGAGAAAGGUCAGAGACUGCCCAUACUCCAUACCCAAGACCUUCAGGCCUGCACUAGCCCUUCUGCUCACGGAGCUCCUAUGCAAGAACCCAGCCAAUCGCCUGCAUAGCCUGGAGCGCUUCAAAAGGCAGAUGUUUUUCGAUGGCACUUCCUUUGACUCUCAGCUACUACAGAAGAGACCUGUUGAAUUAAUUCUUGAACUGAAGAACCAUCCUGAUCGUCCAGUCAAAGCCAUGCGGGGCCUGUCUAUGGACUACUUCCAGAACUUUGACUGUGACAUCCUCCACUCCCCUACCAGCCCCACUGACCUGUCACCUACCUUGGCCAACAUUGACCUGAGCCAGGCUCUGGCUACAGCUCAGGGUUGUAGUGAAUGAGAUGUGCCUGUUCUACUUUGCCUCAAUACUGCCUGCAAAUUAAUGGAAACAUUUGAUAUAUACAGUGAGGGGAAAAAGUAUUUGAUCCCCUGCUGAUUUGUACGUUUGCCCACUGACAAAGAAAUGAUCAGUCUAUAAUUUUAAUGGUAGGUUUAUUUGAACA